AUGGAUGGCAAUGCAGGACACAAUCAGAUAAUGGUGGCAGAAGAAGACAUCCACAAGAUAGCCUUCAUGUGUCUAGGGCAUAUAGGCGCUUUUGAAUACAUUGUAAGGCCUUUUGGCUUAAGAAAUGCAGGAGCCACUUAUCAAAGAGCUCUGAAUUCUGUUUUCCAUGACAUGAUAGGCCAUUCUCUAGAAGUUUAUAUAGAUGAUGUGGUGAUCAAGUCUCCAGAAAAAGGAGACCAUGUAUCCAAUUUAUAG